GCUAGCCUUGCAUUCCUCACUGCUUCCUUCUCCCUGUCCUCGUCGUCCCAUAGAGCGGCUCAUUAGAAAGACUGCGGCUGCCAUCUGAUUCGGAACGAUCGCCGAGGCUAGUACGCAACCAACCACGUCUCGCGCCAAGACGAGGAAAUCGACGGACGUUCAUUCGCUCCUUUGCUCCCACUCCUUUAGCAUCGCCCGGCCGCACCGACGACGACAACGACGAGGCUCGUAGCAACGAGCAACACGUUCUCUUCCUUCCCCUUUCCCUUCAUCGUCUGCAUCUCGCACCCACCAUGUCCUCUCCAUCCUCCCCGUCGUCAUCAGGCGGCGCAACGCAAGCUGCCUCCUCAUCGCCGUCAUCGUCCAUGGCCCCAACCGAUGCUCUCUCGUCGCUUUCCCUCCAAGAUCGCGCUGCAACCGGUGGACCUCAACCUCAUCGCGUCGCCCCUCCGCCGCCCACUGGUGGUCCACCUGCCUCGAGACCAGGCGGAGGCUCAGGUGGCCCGCCAGCUAGAUUUGGCGGAGGUGGUGGUGGACCUCCGGCGAGACCGGGAAUGGGCGGUACCGGUGGACCGUCAUCGGGCGGUCCGGCAGCAGGUGGUGGUGGAGGAGGCGGGCCGAUGAACGCUCAGGAAAGGGCAAGACAGAUGGGCGGGGCAAGGAUGCCACCAAGUCUGCAGGCCAAGUUGGCUGCCAACGCAGCUCGUUCCUCCUCUGGCGCCCCUGGCCAGUCCUCCACUCCCUCCUCAUCCGGCUCAUCUUCACAAGGUCAACCAAACUUCAUGUCUUCACAACAGCGUCUCGACGCCUCUUCCCUCCUCUCGCGCGGGGGCGGUCCGGGCAGCCGAGGUCCAUCCAGUGGAUCUGGUGGUCCUUCCUUCCCUCCUUCCUCAGCACCAGGCAUGGGCGGCUUAGCAGCACGACGUGCUGGCGGCUUCCCUGGCGGAGGAGCAGCUCCCAAGCUCAGCCAGAUGGGCAUGGGCAUGAAGCCACCCAGUGGAGGCCCCCCCGCAGCUGGUCUAAGCGGCAAACGUCAGAAGCCCGGCCUCAAGCUGAGUGACAUUGGCGGUCCUGGCCCCUCCUCACCCUCGGGCUCAGGCGCAGGCGCCGCCAACCGUAGCAUAGGGGGCACCGCCCGCAGCGCAGGCCCGCCCGGCCGACUCGCCUCUGCCCCCUCUGGUGGGCUGAUGAGCAGCGCCUUUUCCGAAUUCAGCGACGUCAUCGACCCCUCUGGUCGCCUCAACUUCGCAGGCAAGGCCAUCCUUCAUGCCUCGGGCGUAGAGUUCGGUAAUGGCACUAGCUUCAAGAUCAACAUGGAGGAUCUAGAGUUGCACGACGUGCUUGGCAAGGGAAACUACGGUGAAGUCAGAAAAGUCAGACAUACUAAGACGGGAGUCGAGAUGGCCAUGAAGGAGAUCAGGCUGGAGUUGGAUGCGUCUAAGCUGAACGCGAUCAUCAUGGAGCUGGACAUCUUGCAUCGAGCAGUCAGCCCGGAGAUUGUCGAGUUCUACGGCGCCUUCUUCAUCGAGAGCUGCGUCUUCUACUGCAUGGAAUUCAUGGACGCCGGCUCCCUCGAGUCCCUCCUCAAUGGGCCAUGCUCAGUCCCUGAGCCCGUUCUUGCCCGCAUCACUUCUCGCAUGGUCUCCGGUCUUGCUUUCCUCAAGGACUCCCUCCAAAUCAUGCAUCGCGACGUCAAGCCCACCAACGUGCUAGUCAACUCGCGCGGAGAAGUCAAGCUGUGCGAUUUUGGUGUUUCGGGCCAGCUGGAGAAGUCGCUGGCAAAGACGAAUAUCGGCUGCCAGAGCUACAUGGCCCCGGAGAGGAUAAAGGGAGAGAGUAUGGCGAUGCCCUCUACCUACACCGUGGCGAGCGAUGUCUGGUCCCUUGGGCUGUCAAUCGUCGAGGCGGGGCUAGGCGUCUAUCCUUACCCACCGGAAACGUACAGCAAUGUAUUCGCCCAGCUGCAGGCCAUUGUGCACGGCGAUCCACCGCAGCUCCCCGCCGAGGCGUACUCCGACGUCGCCAGGGCGUUUGUGGCCGGUUGUCUGGAGAAGGUAGCCGAGCGCCGCUUUACGUAUGCGCAGAUGAUGAGACAUCCCUGGCUUGUCGCUGAUCAGGAGCGAGGGGCUGAUGGAGUGGAUAUGGUCGGGUGGGUCAAGGGCGCGAUGCAGAAGAGAAAGGAGAAGAAGGAGGCAGCCAGCAGAGGGACGACCCCGGUGACGCCGACAAAUGCGACGACGAAUGGGGUAUCGUGAGACGUGGAGAACGCAGGU